CUAAUAAUUACAAAGUUCAAUUGCAUAACUUACAUUCCUUAGCACCACGUGAUCAAUAAUGGCGGAAUUAGUGCCUCUACCUCCAGCCAGAAUACCCAGAGAGCCCAGAGUUCACUGCCCGUCGGACAGUGAAGGUAGUAGCAGUCCACGUAGCAUUUCCAGCUCAAGCAGUAAUAGUGAUGAAAUUGUCGACAUAAUAAGGAUUGGCCAAAGUUUUAGUUAUACUAUACCCAGUUUUAGUGUAAUCACUGUGGAGCUCAGGCAAGUUGUGAUUUGUGUUGGGGAAAAGAAAGUGGUGAAACACAUAGACAUAUUUCUUCGUGAAACGCAGGAUAUUACAGUGAGAGUGCCAUCUUCAAUCAAAGUUUUGGAAAGCUGCUACGUUAAGAUAUCUGAAUUUGCACAAGCAAUCGACAUACAAGGGCUUUCAACUGGGUCACCAGAGACUGUGUGUGUGAUAUGGAAAUGGAAUUGGUUGGUACCGGAAGUAGCAUCUGUGAGUGAUGAUGAGAAUGUAAAGUCAGUGUUAACUUUGGAUGACUUGUUCGCUGUCGAUUCUGAUCCAGAGGAAGAUGCUAGAAUUACAACACAGUCAUUGGUAUUUAAGUGUAUUGGAACCACAAAGUGUAAGAAGUAUCAGGAAGCUUUACAAGUAGUGCGUAAUCUUAUGUCUGAAGGACAAACUGUACCAGUUAGACUAAUUCAUGA